AAAAGAGUCAUUGUCUCUACAGUGACUUUAUAGAAAGAUGCAAACUUUUGGAUACGCGUAGGAGCGUUGACCGUCCAGACUUCAUAGGCCAUUGACAGGCGGUGCUUACUUCCCAACAACCACUGCUUAAGUGAAAUGUAUACAACAACCUGAGGUUUUUACCUUUGAUAUCAACACCAUACGCGGGGUACCUACCUUCAGAAGGGCAGCAGCGGUCGGCGGCAUUCGCCAAUGGACACGCUAGUUCGCAUCCGACUUCACAACGGCAGAGGCGAAGGAGAUGGUUCAACAGGAGCGGCCAGUAACAGCAACAGCAGCGACGUGUCACGGCACAUCGGCGUCAUUCAGGGUCCCGAGUCACGGGCGCUGGAUGUGCUAAAUGCAGCGUUGGACAACAGGGCACGCAGUAUCAAGGACUUGAGGGCCCUUAACCAAACGGUGCUGGCAAGGGAAAUGGAACAGCGGCGGCGUGUGGAGGCGCGUGAAAUGCUGGGCGUGUCAUCCCCCCGGAUCUUCCCCGCCGGAGUUCCGUUCAGUGCCCUGCACUCCUACCAGGCAGACAGCCCGCCGGACCCCCCUGAGCCCAGCCCACGCCUCCACGCGGUGGACUUUGAUGAUGGCAUUGCGGUGGCGGUGUCGGUGCGCAAGUACCAGAUGCAAGGCAUGGAGGAGGCAAGCACGGCACCUGCAGAGCUGGGUGGCACGUACGAGAGGGAGGAGGGCGACGCGGCGACCUGCAUGGCGCUCUCACACGCGACCGCAGCUGCCUCGGGUCCCUCUUCAACCGGAUCUGCGCAUGUCAUAUUUCAGCCCAAACUCAGUCCAUGUCAGUCAGGGCGCCUGUCGCGCGGGGCGGCGGCGGGGGUAGCGUCAGCAGCAGCGGCGGGUGUGGGGCACGUCCCCGCCGCCGCCACCGCUCCCAGCUCGCCAGGCGGUCGAAGAACCUUCCCUUUGCCCCCACCCGACGCCUUCCGGCAGCAGCAGCAGCAGCAGCUCCACCGCAAGCCGACUGCCAGUGCGAGUUUCGGCGCGUCAGCCGCCGCUGCUGGCCUUUCCGCCGCCGCCGCCGCGCUCGGAGGUGAUGACGGCGCAACGGAGGUGCUCCGCCGCAGUUCCAGCCGGCCCCUGUUCUCCUUCCUCCGGAGCGGCUAUGGCGCACUGGCUGCCGAGGCCGCUGAAGCCAGCGGCAGCGGUGCAGGCACGAAUGCCGUCACCAACGAUGCCGGCGGCGUGGCCACAGGUGUCGACCAGCAACAGCUGCAGGGUCCAGCGGGGCCCCCUGGCUUCUUCCGGGCCUCUGCAGGAGGCAUGAGCGCAUACUCCGCCGACGUCGGCACCGGGGGCCCCCACUCUGCCGAUGUUCUUUUCGCCUCAAUUAGCAACACAGCAGACGGCAGCAGCGCUGGUCUGGAUGCGCCCGCAGCAGCGGCAAUCAGCUCUCGCAGCACGCUUGGCGGUGCUCGGCUGCGGAUGCCCACAAUGUCACAGCGCAGCAGCAGUCGCUGCGGCGGCGCGGCCUUUCGCUCCAUUACCAGCAGCGAGGACCAGGUGCCCGACGGCGGAGGCGGUGGCGGCGUCGAACCUUACCCGGUGCCCGCCUCCCCUCAGUUGCGGCGCUUCCUGCGGCCUGCCUGUCAGUCCUUUGACGGCACUUCGGCUGACGCGGUGGAGUCACCUGCUCAGCCAGCACACCACUCGCCGGCGGCCUUCCCGCCUCACGCGGCUGUUAGCAGUGCCGCCAGCAGUGGUGGCGGCAGCUUUAGACGGGCACGCAUGCCCACCGCCAUAGCAGCAACAGCUGCAGUAGCAAUGACGGCGGAUGGGCACGCAUCAGCGGCGCAUGCCCCUGGCAUCGACAGCGGCGCUGCAGUGGAUACGGCAGCUGCGAACUCGCCGUUACCAAGAUCUCAGCACCAGCAGCAUACGCGGUAUUCCAUGGCGCGCCCGGCAGCCCUCAGCCUACCGCACGUCCAGCAGGUGGCCGCUUCUGAUGCCGCCUCAACCGCGGGACUAUUGCUGCCGACACCGCCGCCGAUGCUUCAGUCCCCCAGCAGCGCAGGCGGGUCCAGAGGGCUCGCAGCCAGUGGCGCCACUGUCAUGCCUGCAUGCAGCAGCCCGAAGGCGCGGCAACAGGGAGCAAUGCGGUCCGGUGGUUGGUGUGGCGGCGGCGCAGGUGGCGGUGGCACUGGCAGUAUUGGCACUGGCGGCGGCGAGGACAUGGCCACGCCCAGUAGCAGCAGCGGGUACGGCGGCGGGGCUAGCGUGCCGGAAACGGCGGCUGGAGCUGCGGCGGUGGCUCCAAGCCCUCGUGGGUACGGAGGUAUUAUCUUUCUGUAUGACGGCAUCAACGGUGACGGCCCGCAGGGCAGCAGCGGCGCGGAUGCGCGGCGGGGCGAUGAGUGGCAGCAGAGCGGGAGCCUGCCCUUCUUUUCAGCUAUCUCACGGUCGCCCCGUGCCAGCUACAGCGGCGGUGGUGGUGGAGGCGCCGCCGGCAGCAGUAGGUUUGGUGGCGGUGCCACCGGCACCAGCAGCGAGAAAUUAAUCCGGCUGCCGGCAAGUGUUUUGAUCGCUAGCACGAGCACCGGUGGCAUUGCCGGCAACUGUUCCGGAGCCAGCUGUGUCGUCGGUGAGGACCUGGGGCGUGGCCUCAUCAGCGGCAGUAGCGGCCGGCAGCUUUUGCCAAGCAGUGGCAUGGGGGCGCUGACAGGUAGCCCCACACGUACGCGGCUGGCAAGGACAGAGCAGCGGCGCAGCAGGCAGGCAGUAGCCGCGGUGUCCUCGCUGGCCCCAACGGGGGCCGGCGCACUGCCGUCAAACAGCUAUGAGAGCGCCUCUGCGCCUCUGCUUCUGCCGACCGUGUUGGGCCCGUUGCCGCCAGCGUCCCCCAAGCUGCCGGCUAGCGUGACAGGCAUGAGCAGUAGCAGCAGCAGCAUGGCGGCUGGCGCGCUCGCUGGCGCCGAAUCAGCAGUUAACAGUGCGCUACAGCCUGAGCUGCAGACGCGGCUGGGUCAGCGGCCUGGUGGUUCGUUGACGCGUAAAGGUUCGUUUGGCGGCUGAGGUGUAUGCGUGUGUAUGGAAAGCACAAGAUGAAAGGGUUGUGCGUGUAUGUGCCCGAGAGCACAAGCGAAGGAAAGACGCUUGAGUGUGCAUGCCAUGUGGUGUGCGUGCGUGCGUGCAUGUGUGUGUGUGUGUGUGUGUGUGUGUGUUCACCCCCCUCGGUUAGGUGGUGUGUGUGUGUGUGUGUGUGUGUGUGUGUGUGUGUGUGACCUAACCGAUUCACCCCCCUCGGUUAGGUGGUGUGUGUGUGUGUGUGUGUGUGUGUGUGUGUGUGUGUGUGUGUGUGUGUGUGUGUGUGUAUGUGUGUGUGUGUGUGUGUGUUAAAAAACGAAACGAAAGCCCGCCCAGACGACGCCAGAGUUACUUAUGUGUGUGUGGGGGGGGGGGGGGAUGGUAACUCACUCAAGAGCUGGGGGCGUUUAUAUUGUGUUACGAUGUAUACAGCUCAACAGUAUUAGGUUACUUAAAGUGUGUUUUAUUAAUGACAGGAUGAAGAAAAGAUUAGAGCGCAAACCGGGCGUGACAGUCCAAGUAUUGGUGGUCCCCAGGAUCAAGUACGUAGUAUAUGAUAUCCAUAGUU